GCAUUUUUGUUUUGGUUCUCGACGUGAACGGACGUGUGUGCUCGUGUUAUGCGGCGCCAGUUGGCACAGGUAGCGUAGUUUACCUUUGCCGCUCUACAAAAGUCAAAUAACAAUAAUAACAACGACGACGAUAAUCGCAAAAGCAACGUCAACUGCAACAAUAGGCGCAUUCUUAAUUGUGUUUACCUUUGAUUGUCAUUCGCCAGCGAUUCACACACAAACGCACACACUGCCACUGGGAGAUAAACAUACAUUUUAUAACUGCGAUUUGACUGCGUGCGUGUGUCGUCGAUUUCUUCCCUCCCCAACUUUGAGCCCCUCUUGUACGCUCAUCCUUUUUGUUUGUUUGUUUUUGGUUCUCGUUCUCUCGGGUUUUCCUUCAAUUGGAAUGUGCAGCGAAAGGAAAGGCAUGAAGAAAAGCCAGGCGCAAAGCAAAGAAAAGCAAAUGAAAAGCAAAGAACAAAUCAGAUCCGAGCAACGGUAUUCAAAUUUAUAUAAGCACUAACAUAAUUUAUCAUUCUCGCAUACAAAUAAACAAAGACAGACAGACAUUCAAGGCAACUACUUUAAAAAGCAGUUAAUAAUAAAUACAACAAUUUUACACAUUCACAUUCCAUUUUCAUUCUGUUGUGUGUGAAAAACUUAUAAGAAAAGCAACAAAAACAACGCGAAACCAACGGCAAAUAACAAAAGUAUCAAAUAAAACAACAGUAAGCAGCAGCAGCAACAACAACAACAAGCAGCAUAGCAAAGCAGCGAAGUCAACGGCAAAGAAGAAGAGGAAGAAGCAAGAUAAAUACAUAGCAAUUUCGACUAAAUAAAGUUUACCAAACGUCGUCGGUACAAUCGCAACGUUUCUUUUCCACGUUUCGGAUUCUCCGUGCGUUAGCUCUCCAUUCCGUACGUUCCGCGCGCUUCUUUCUCGCGUGAGAGAGUGCCACUUGUUGCCGGUACUCUUUAUCAAUCCAUCAAUCCAUCGAUACCGGGACUUGGUAACUGAUUGAUCUGGUCCACCUACUGGCGGAGAUUUGCGGUACGACGACGCUUAGUGGAAACAGAAGGACCCCGAACCAUUGGAAGGCAUGCAGUUGAUGGCCAGCGGUUACUCCUGUUACUCCUGCAGCAGCUCCAUCUCCUUCGAUUCCAGUUCCAGUUCCCUCCGUUCCACACUCUCGCGAUGGAGAGCGAACAGCAGGAGGUUGUGGGCGGAAGUGCGCCACUGUGUCGCAUCUGCAUCACCACCCACCAGCAGCAGAACAACACCACCACAGCCGCAGCCAACCUGCCAAUGAUACCCAUCUUCGGCGAGGAUGCGCUCUGGCAGAAGAUUACCACGCUGGCCAACGUCAAGAUUAGUAAAAACGACACCCUACCGCAACAGGUGUGCGUUGGAUGUGCUAAGACGGCCAUAUCGGCGUGCGUGUUCAAGAAGAAGUGCGAGGAGGCGGACAGUUUUUAUCGCCAGCAACUGAGGCUCCAGAAGAUCGAGGGCGCGGAUCCGCUGGAGGCGAGUGCUGCUGCCGACCAGACCAAGAGCAGCGGCUGCAGCAGUGGCAGCGGGAGCAGCAGUGCCAGCGGAAGCGGCAGCAGUUCCACCAGCAGCAGUUCAUCAUCCGAUGAUGAGGACGAGGACAAUGACCAGGAGCAGGAUAACGACAAUGAUGUCGCAGUUAGCGAAGCACAAAAACGCCUCCAAAAUGGCCAUGGACAGUCCAUUAAUGGUCAUCGCGGGGAUGAGGCUGAUCAGAUCCACGAUGAGAUUGAUGACCACCACGAACCAGGACGUGAUGCCGGUCCAGAAGACGAACUACUCAGAAACGGCCUAGAGUUGACGGCAAACCACGAGGAUGACAAUGAUGUGGAGGAAAUCAAUCCCUUAAAUCAGCACCAUAACGAUGAUGGCGAGAUAACCGGCCAUGGCGGUCAUCCCAAGGAGCCCUUCGACUUCAAUUCCAUUCGUCUGAUGCAGGAGUAUAUGCAACAUCAGAUGAACAAGUUUCCCAAUGGCUCCGCCACCGGUCCGCCCGGUCAGGAUAUGGAGCUCGAUCUCGACCAGCAGCACCACGAUGGCGACGAUGAUGAGGAUGAGGAAAUGUCGCUGCCGCUUAUACCCGAAAUUGAAUUGAUCACGCCGGGGGAUGAAGCUUCAGCGGAUCCGUCGAAUCCAAAUGAUUUGGUCAACGGAGUCGGCGUUGGCGUGGUUCAGGGAUUGCAGGAGCCUGGUUUCCAAUGCCCUCAUUGCUAUCAGAUCUUUGAGAUGAAACAGAUCCUCAAAGCGCACAUGCAGAGCGUCCAUGGAGCACCGGGUCCGGUGUAUGAAUGCAGCAAUUGCCGCAAGACCUACUUCUACAAGCGUUUUCUGGAGAAACACAUACGACGCGGUCGUUGUGUCAAGAAGCGUCGUAACCAAACUCGACCGAUGCAGUGCUCGGAUUGUCAUGUCCUCUUCCCUACAGGCCAUCAUCUGGGUUGGCAUAAGCGCACCGGUUGUCCUUCGAAGGCGGCCAAAAUGCCACUGCAACAGCUUUUCAAGCAAAACAUUGUGCAGUUUAAUAAUUUCCCCAAGCGAGUUGCCGCCGGAGGAGCACGCAAGCCCACGGCUCCCGAUCUGCACAUAAACAAUCGCAAACUUGGGCUGGCCAACAAGAGAAAGGGACGCACUCGCAUCAAGUUGGAUGCAAAGAAGAUUGCCCUGGCCAAGCAGUUGAUAUUGCGAGAGGCCACCACAACGGUGAUCGCCAACGAGCUGAACAUCUCGCGCACCUUUGCCUGGCGCUUGCGUAAAAGUCUGGUGAAUGGAGUCAGUUUGCAUGAGCGCGUCGUGGAUCCAUCGCAGGAGGAGCAGCACCUGCAACAACUGCAACAACAGCAGCAGCACCAACACCAUCAUCAGCAAAUACAGCUGCAGCAUCAACAGCAGGAGGAUCAGCAGCAGGCAGCAGUUGCUGCGGCGGCACAAGCGGAACGUGAACGAGAACACCAUCAUUUGAGUCUUCCCUAUAGUCACCUCGGCUUGGGCCUUAUCAAAGAAGAACGACAGGACAGCGAGGAUGAGGAGCAUCAGCAGCAACAGCAGCAUCACCAUCCUUCACAUCAUCAACUGGGCCUAGUGGAUGAGUGCGGAGCAGACGAGAUCGGAGCUGAGGAAACAGCGGGAUAUAUGGGUGAUGAGGAUGCCGUUUGUGGAUUGCUCCACAAUGGCUACGAUCCUGAUCCCGAUUCCGAUCACAUUGAUCACGAUCCCUUCGAGGGCACCGAAAACAAUGAACACCAAUCGAAUGGUGGACGACCCGGAUCUGCUUCGCCCGCGCCGCCAAUACCGCCGCCAACGCUGGGAAGUUCUGGGAUGCCAGUGCCAGUGCAAGUACAUGCUGCCGCGCGGCCCGACGUGGAGGUCUAUAAACGUCUGCUGGCCGAGUCACAGCACUUUCCCCACAUCGUCAACGCCCAGCAGUUGCAGAUGCAGCAACAGCAACGCGAGCGGGAAAGGGAGCACCGAGAUCGCGGGCGAGAGCAACUGCAGCAACAGAAGGCCCACAACGGUGGAAUGCCGAUGUUAACUCGUUAUCCGACCUCCGUCAUGCACGCCCUGCCCGUCAACCUGUCCCUGCGUUCCAUGCCCCACAUGAACAGCAACGAGAGCAAUGGCAGCUCCAGCAGCAACACUGCAGCUCCAGUGCCCGUUUUAGGCUCAUCUGCAGCCUCGGCGACUGUUACGCCAACCGGCAAGAAGCCCCGCAAGCCGAACGUCUUUAUCGAUGACGAGAAGUAUGCCAUGGCCAAGUUGCUGGUGGCCCAGAACUCCUCCACCAUGGAGAUAGCCAGGGCACUCAAUGUUUCGCAAAUGACGGCCUGGAAAGUGCGCGAUGCCAUUCUAAAGGGAGUGCCGCUCUCCUAUCGCAACAAGCGUUCCGAUGGCAGGCAUUCGGAUGAGUUCAGCGUCAAGGAGCAGCAGCAGCAUCAACAGCAGCAACAGCAUCAGCAGCAGCAUCAGCAGCAGCAUCAGCAGCAGCAUCAACAGGAGCAACAGCAACGCCAGCAGGAGAUGCAACGUCAGCAGCAACAGCAAAUGGAACUAAUCAAGCAGCAACGCCAGCAACAGGAGCUGCUACUUCAACAGCAGCAGCAGCAACAGCAACAACAUCAGCAGCAACAGCAACUGCGCCACCAUACACCAGCGGACACAUCACACUAUCAGCAACAACAGCAGACGACACCAAAGCUGCUGCAUCCUCGCCGCCGUCUAAAGGCCGCGGAACGUGAGCUGCGCGACAAAGAGAUCACACGCGAAAUACUCGAGCUGAUCAAAGAGGACAGCAACAUUCAGUACUGGAAGGUGUCGGCCCGCCUGGCCGAGAAGGGCAUCAAUAUAUCGCCCUCGUCCGUCUGCCAGAAGCUCAAGUCGAUGGGCAUCCAUAGGCGCUGGAAGCCGGGCGACAAGCCACCCAUGCUGGCCAUCAGCCAGCUGAAAGCGGCCACAGUGGCGGCUGCCGCAGCGGCAGCUGGCUUAGCCGGCGUCGGCGGUGUCGUUGGUGGCAGUGCUGGACUGGGUGGCAGUAGUUUUGGCCUGGCCGACGACAGCUUCGAUCAGCAGCAGUUUGACAUGGGCGGGCCGCACUUUCUCAGUGCCUUCACCCGCUAGUAGAUCGACCAGAAGUCCUCCCCAGACCUAGAAUUAUAUAUUAGACUCAUUGGAGUGGUUCAAAAUCGUACGUCAGCAUAUAAACUAGAGGGCAAAUUAGGUAAAACAUUUUGGUUUGGAAAUUUUUGAUUUAGGACUUCAUUUCACACUUACAAAGAAGAUAUACAAGCCGGAGUAAAGAUGGUUGAUAGGAUCAAAUUCUAGUAGAUACUGAUUGAAAUAAGAAAAGAAUUAAUUACCAUUUCCAAGACAAAACGUCUAUAUAGUGUCCGCAAUUACGACUUCAGUUAAAUAAGAUAUUUUAUUCGAGCCACCCAAAUCGACAUACAUAGAACAGCACAGCAACAACAACUUGUAUUUUUUAUAUAGUAUUUGAAAGGGAGAGCGCGCUUGAGAUGUAUUUGUAUUUUUAAUCGAUAUGAGAUAGCAUAUAUGGUACGAUUCUGUAUUAGAUUUAUAUAUCCAAUAUAUAUAUGCUAAGCAUUCCUAGAAUGUCACACACAAAAGAAAAAACACGCCCAAAAACACGUUCAUUCCAAGUGAGGAAUUGAUUUCCUUCCUUUAAUUUCAGCAGCUUCCUUUUCCUCGUCCUCCAUCCACGCACACACUUACAUACACUACACCAACACACACUUAGUUCAUAAUUUGAGUUAUUUAAUUAAUAUUUAUUGAUCGCAUGUCCUUGUGUGUGUGUACUUUUCAACUGAGAAAUGUAUUUAAAAAUGUUCACCAUGUUUUAUUAAUUUAUUUUACUCACGCACACACACACGCAUACAAGCAAUUAUUGAGUAGUGAACUAUUAUUUAGUUAAAUUAAUGCAUCAAACGAUUAAAUAACAAUCAGAACAAAGCGAACGGAAGCAGAACAAACAGCAGCUGGUUGAAAGUUGAGAGAGCUAGCAACAUAGCAACAUAAGUGCAAUUAUAAACUAAACCUAAAAAUCAACAAGAAUGUCUAACAUUAUCGUGUAACCGAGACAGAAGAUAGGAGAGUGGUACAUGGGAGAAAGAGAGGGAAAAUCAAAUGUCAUAUUUAAAAUCUAAACACCACUAAACACUAAACUUUCCGCUAAAUCAAAAUCAGAAAGUAUAGACAAAAUAUAUAUACAAAUCAAGCCCUUACAUUUCGGUCUUAAAUUAGUUUAGGUAAAUUAAAAUAAAAUUGUUUUCAGAUGAAUAACCUGAUGUAUACAUACAUUUCCAAAGAUUUACCAAAACUUCGUUUAGCCUCAGGCAGGCAAAAACAUUUUAAAAAUCAAACGCAAAAGGUUUCUUUUUAGUGGUGUUUUUAGUACAAUUUUGUAGUUUAAUAAAUUCGUGUGGGAAUCCACUAAUAUACUAACUUUCCCAUUUUCCGCUUUCUUUCUCCCGAUCGUUUUCCACAUAGACAGAGUUACUCCGAAUCCAUCCUCCAACCAAGCCCCAAUUUAAGUAAUAUAUUUAUGGAAACAAGACAAACAUACGAGCAAUGUUUAAAACUUCGUAGCCAAUUGUUAGUAAAAAAAUGUGAGAGUAACCACAAAAGAACAAAGCGAAAA